GAAUCGCACGUCGUUCGUCGUUUAUUUAUCGAUUAUCGCAAUUUGGUGAAAGAGCAGAUUAUUUAUUUACGGAUUUAACAUUUUUCGUUUAAAAUGGCAGCUGAAAGUGCACAAGUUAUUGAUUACUCCAGUCCGUACAGCAACUACAGGUCCCCAUUAAGCACCAGAUAUGCUAGCAAGGAAAUGCAGUAUAAUUUCAGCGAUCAAAACAAAUUUUCCACAUGGAGGAAAUUAUGGAUAAAUCUGGCUAAAGCUGAGAAGGAGCUCGGUUUGGAUAUCAAAGAUGAGCAAAUCGAGGAGAUGCAGAAUCAUGUCUACGACAUCGAUUUUCAAGAUGCUGCUGAAGAGGAGAAGCUUACCAGGCACGACGUUAUGGCCCACGUUCACGUUUUUGCAAAAUUGUGUCCAUUGGCCGCACCCAUUAUACAUUUGGGAGCCACAUCGUGUUUUGUUGGCGAUAACACCGACUUGAUCAUCCUGAGGGAUGGCCUGGAAAUGCUUCAGUACAAAAUAGCAGCUGUGAUACAGAAUUUAGCCAAAUUUUGUGAUGAGCAUAAAGAUCUUCCAGUAUUAGGUUUUACUCAUCUCCAACCCGCUCAACUAACUACAGUGGGUAAAAGAGGUACUUUGUGGCUAUUCGAUUUGUUACUGGACGAAAGAGCAAUAAGAAGAGCUAAAGAAGAUCUAAGGUUUAGGGGUGCUAAAGGUACAACUGGAACACAAGCUUCAUUCUUACAACUGUUCAAUGGCGAUGGAGAAAAAGUGAAAGCUUUAGAUCAGAGAGUUACACAGCUCAGUGGUUUUACAAAGACCUACCCAGUUACGGGUCAGACGUACAGUAGAAAGGUUGACUUAGAAGUUGUGUCUGCCUUAUCUUCGCUAGGAUCAACUAUUCAUAAAAUGUGUUCGGAUUUACGGUUAUUGGCUAAUAUGAAAGAACUAGAAGAACCGUUUGAGAAAAGUCAAAUUGGUAGUUCGGCCAUGCCUUAUAAAAGAAAUCCCAUGCGUUCUGAGAGAUGUUGCGCGUUAGCGAGGCAUUUGAUUUCGCUUUUCAAUAACGCUGCUAAUACACAUAGUGUACAAUGGAUGGAACGUACUUUGGACGAUUCAGCUAACAGGAGAUUAACACUAGCUGAGGCGUUUUUAACUGCCGACGCGGCAUUAAUAACUUUGGCUAAUAUAACACAAGGAUUAGUCGUGUAUCCUAAGGUAAUUCAGCGAAGGAUCAAUCAAGAACUGCCGUUCAUGUCAGCGGAGAAUAUUAUUAUGGCCAUGGUUAAGAAAGGCGGCGAUAGACAGAUAUGUCACGAAAAGAUUCGCGUUCUUUCACAAGAAGCCGGAAAUGAGGUGAAAAUCCACGGAAGGGAAAAUGAUCUUCUGGAUCGCGUUAGGGCCGAUCCUUACUUUGCUCCAAUAGUAAACGACUUGAAGGAUAUACUGGAUCCAUCAACAUACAUUGGUCGUGCUCCCUCGCAAGUUACAGAGUUCCUAGAAGGUGAGGUUAAACCUGUACUCUCACUGUAUAACCUCGAGAAGAUGAAACCAGUAAAUUUAAAAAUAUAAUUCAGAAAUACAUAUUAACCUUUAUUAUUUAAAAGAAUAUAUUUUUCUCAGCGCUAUUGCUAAUAAAAAAAAGUUAUUUGCUGGUA